AUGCCACGACGCUCCUCCAAUCGCUCAUCGAACCCAAGCAUUCUUACCUCGCAUGAAACUGGUGUAGCGGCUAGUACUUCAGGAGAUGAAGCGCUGGAGUAUUACGCCUUGCACUCCGAUGGCCACCAUACUUCUCCAAACACGCCAGAUGCUUCCACAUCUGCCCGAGCUCCUCUACCACCCCCGAACGAUUUCCGACCAACCAAUCCUCCCGGAAACAAUUCACCCAACAUUAUGGGGCAAACCCCAGCUGACGACCAAGGUAUUGAGAUCACAGGCCCGGCCAACGUGGACGAACUAUCCGGCGACAGUAGCAGCGCGAGGCGAACAUCGGAUAACAAAUUGCGGUCUGCCGAUGAGCAGUUACUGGAACCCGUCUCUCGUUCUGCCCCAGACAAUGUCACAUCGUCCAGGUCACGUUCACCACAUCAAGCUUCCCCAAGCAACCCAGCAGCUCCAACUCGGCCUACGGAGCCGUCGCAAACCGAACCACACUUCAACUCAUUUCUGUCAGACACUUCCACCCUCUCUGAUCUGACAAGUCUGCCUAGCAGCCCAGCGGCUCCACCUGAUAUGUGCCCCAAAGAUGAUUAUCGAUUCGUACUGGAGCAUCCAAUCCCGCCACCAGUCGCCGCAACCGAUGAAAUAGGACAAUACGAAUUCUCGACCUGCCACCAAUGCCGCGCCAAGACCACCCGACCCAAGAUGAUUUGCGAUCGAUCGCAAGAUUCCAGCUGUUUCAAUCGAGUUUGUGACCGCUGCUUAACCGCACGAGCAGUAUACGGCAGCGUGCCCGAGCUUCAGCCUCCGAUAUUUGAAUUCGUACCAGGUGGCAGUAUGCUGUGUGUGAAAUGCAGAGGUGUCUGCCCUUGCGUUUAUUGUCGCAGGAACCGGGGUGAAAAUGAACAGAACCGACGAGGGCUGCAUCAAGGCUUGACGUCCCAGGGCAGGGAGAAGGAACUGCUGAGGAAUAAACGAAUGCAAGAAAAGGCCAAGCUGAAAAAAGAAUCAGGGCGCAGCGCGGGCCUUCGUGAUUCAGCACCAGCCAAGCGCAAACGAGCUUCAACAGUUCCUCCAGCUGCUCGGAAGAAGGGGAAAAAAGAAGGGUCGGACCAAUCUCCCGCGAAUUUCGCCGGCAACUCUAAUCGUCGAACUGCGUCUGUAAACCGGUCCAUCUUAUCCGCCGGGGGUGACAGCAUUCCAGCGAAUACGCAUAACCAAUUGAGCCAGAGGUCAAGUAGAACUCGAGCAGGCUCUACUAACUUGAGAACUUUGAUUCCUCGGAGUUAUACCAUACCGCAACUCACACGAGACGGUCGUCCAAAAGCCAAACCUGGCCCAAAGAAGCGUGAAAGCCAAACUCUUCCCUCUCAGGUGCAAAACGAGAUCGAUCCCGACUUAGACAAGACACUGGUCGAUCAACCCCUCCAGUCUGAUAAACGAUUAGAAGAAGCCGCACCCGCAAUGACUUCCCUCCUACCCAGCGAGGACAGCCCUGGUGAAAACCAAACUUUUCCCUCUCAGGCGCAAAAGGAGACCAAUCCCGACUUAGACAAGACACUGAUCGAUCAACCCCUCCAGUCUGAUAAACGAUUAGAAGAAGCCGCACCCGCAAUGACUUCCCUCCUACCCAGCGAGGACAGCCCUGGUGAAAACCAAACUUUUCCCUCUCAGGCGCAAAAGGAGACCAAUCCCGACUUAGACAAGACACUGAUCGAUCAACCCCUCCAGUCUGAUAAACGAUUAGAAGAAGCCGCACCCGCAAUGACUUCCCUCCUACACAGCGAGGACAGCCCUUCGGACCCGGAGAUCUUGGAUCAACAAUUAAGUUUCUUGGAUAUCAUCCUCAGGUGA